AGCAGAGAGGAGGUGGCGUUCCUGCCCGCAGCCGCUAGAUCCUCUCUUGCUUUUGGGAGUGUAAAUUGGUAUUAGCAUGUCCUGGUUGAAUCCAGGGCUCAGCGUUAGCUGGCACUGGGAAGGGAGACGUAGCAUGCCACGCCGUUCUGGGCUGGAAGCGCACUGUGCUUUUGCCCCCCGGACUCCAAGAAACCUGCUUCUUUUUUGGUGAAGCAGACCCUGAUCUCCCGUUUCUUUGCUGCAUGCCCGCUCACCAGUGCUGGAUUAUGUUUGUCUCCUUCUCCCUUUGCUCCAUAAUUUGGCUGAAUCGUGGUUUCAAGCUAAGGAAAAGGGGCUGCACCUAAGCGCACCGGGGCACCCAGACCAGGCUGCUGGGCUGCUGGUUCACGCAGAGACAUUAAGAGUGCUGAUGGGGGAGAGCUGCCUCUGAGAUCCCUCUUCUCCUGCCCAAAAGACGCUGCCUCGCUGUUCAGAGCCGUUCUCCCCUCAGCAGAGAGAAUGGGCAGCACCGAUGGGUUCCAGUACCGCGCGCUCUACCCCUACCGCAAGGAGCGCGAGGAGGACAUUGAUCUGCUGCCUGGGGACAUCCUGGUGGUGAGCAAGGGGGCUCUGCAAGCCUUGGGCUUCAAAGAUGGGGAUGAGCAGACCCCCAACCAGAUCGGGUGGAUCCUGGGUGUCAACGAGCGGACCAAGCAGAAGGGCGACUUUCCCGGCACCUACGUGGAGUACGUGGGACCCGUGAAGAUCUCCGUCCCUUCGCACCGGCCCCGAGUGCAGAGACCCCUGCCCGCAACGCCGGGGGCCAGCGGCUGCCGGCUGCAGGAGGCUCUGGAGCAAGGGUCUCCUCUCCCAGACUUGCAAGAGCAGUUCAGCCCUCCGGAGAUUGCACCGCCGCUGCUGGUGAAGCUGGUGGAAGCUAUUGAGAAGAAAGGGUUAGACGGCGAGAUGUUGUACAGGUCAUCUGGCUCCGAACUGCGGCAAGCGCUGAGAACCGAUUGGACCCUGGGCGACCUGGAGCCCUUUGACGUGCACUCCCUGGGCGAGGCGCUGCGAGGUUACCUGCAGGACCUGCCCUCCCCUGUGGUGCCGGUGUCGGUGCACGGAGACAUCCUUCGUGUCCUGCAGGAGAUCCCCCAGCCGGAGAAUUGCCGGAAGCAGCUGCUGCUGGCCCUGGAGUCGCCUGCGGUCCCGCUCCAGAACACGCUCACCCUGCAGUUCCUGCUCCGGCAUCUGGGGAAGGUAUCGCAGCAGGCCGAGAGCAACAGCCUCCACCCUCGCGCCCUGGGAGAGAUCUUUGGUCCCCUUCUCCUCCGGCUGCCUGGCGCCAGCCCAGAGCUGAGCCCUGACUUCUCUGCCCUGUUUUUGGAGAUGCUUCUGCAGACAAAGGAGCUGGAGCCGGAACAGUUGCCUCCAGCGGGGAGGGCAGAGGAGAGGGCACUUAACCACCCCAGCACCCGACAGCAGCCCCAAGCCUGGGGACACGCGCAGACCCCCCAGCCUGGAGCUCUGGGGGGACACCAACACCCCUACCUGAGCGUCAGCGUGUACUCCCCCUGGAUCUUGCUGGAGGCAUCACGCACCAAGAAGUCAUGGUUGGGCUGGAGGAGCUUCAAGGGCUUUUCCAACCCAGAUGAUUCUGGGAUUCUGUCAUUGCUGCACGAGUGUGGUCUGACCCAGCUGCCACAGGCUGGGCACGCUGCCUGCACUGAGCUCUGCCUCUCCUUCCACAGGUGGCUGACACAAAAGGGUGCCCGGCAGAAGAAAAUCAACGAGUGGCUGGGCAUCAAGAACGAGACAGAGGACCAGUACUCCAUGAUGGAUGACGAGGAGGAGCUGCCCCACCACGAGGAACGCACGUGGUACGUGGGGAAGAUCAACCGCCUGCAGGCAGAGGAGAUGCUGUGUGGCAAACGGGACGGCACCUUCCUGAUCCGCGAGAGCAGCCAGAAGGGAUGCUACGCCUGCUCCGUGGUGGUGGACGGUGACACCAAGCACUGUGUGAUCUACAAAACGGCAACGGGCUACGGCUUCGCUGAACCCUACAACCUCUACGCCUCCCUCAAGGACCUGGUCUUGCACUACAAGCACACGUCCCUGGUGCAGCACAACGACUCCCUGAAUGUCACGCUGGCUCACCCGGUCCUUUCCCAGCCACCAGCCAGAUGAGCAGCCCAUGCACAGCACAACAGCUGCCUUCAGCUUCUCCCCAGGGCGCUGCUUUCUGGCUCUGGACUCUUGCACCCUGUAUAGUUGAGUCUCUGUGCUCCUGCCCCCUCCAGAGCCUCUGAGAUGUCUGUGACCGUUCCUGGUGUCCCUUUUGGUCAGUAGCUGAAACCCGUGUUUUGCUGAUGGGACAAAAAGGCUGGGCUGUUGAUUCCCAGUGGGCUCCAGCCUCUAGGAGGUGGGAUCCAGUUGUGAUUGAAUUGCUGGGGGGCAAGCACAGCCCCCUCCCCUUCCCCGAUAAGCAGGUCAGAGCCCCCUUCUUGCUGGCAGGUCGCCCCGCUACGCAUCACUGUAGAGCUUGGUUCCCGAUUCCUCGGUCACCGCCCCAGCCCAGCUCUGCGCUGAGCGAGGGGCUCCCUGCCUGGAUGCCGGAGGGAGGCAGAGGAGGAGGAGGCUCCGCUGAGCAGUUGAGCUUGUGCAUCCUCCACUCUCGCUUCCCUCGGCGAUCUCGCAAGCUGCGGUGGUGUCUGGUACGAGGGGUGCUGCUCCUCCGGUGCAGAGACUCGCUUAGAAAAGAGAAACCCCGUCCUCCAUGGGGCUUCUGGGCCGAGGUCUCCGCUCCGUGCCGUGCCCCACCUCACCGUCUCGUUCCCUAAUGUUGUAACCACCUCUCGAGUGUUGCUGUCUGGGGAGGGAGGAUCUGGUUAGUGAUGAAUCUCUCGCCUUCGUUGUGCCAACUAAGCUGUGAAAUCCGUGUUGGUACCCGUGUUUUUUUCCCGGCAGAAUCUAUAGGAUGCACAGCUCGUUGUUUCUGGCUGUCUUCAGUGAAUCUCUGCAAACGUAACCCGUUGAAGCUAACUGUAGCUCUGUAAAUAUGGUUCUUUUCGUAAUCAGCUGCUUACCUAGUACUGGUGUUUGCUGAACUCCCACUAUGAUAUGCAAGCGCGUGGGCAGCAGCCGGCGAGGCUGUUGCAGACUCGGGUCCUACCAGCUGAAGCAGGAGGGAGCCGGAGUCCGACGCACGCUACGAGCCCUACGCAAAAUGAAGGACCUCUCUGGUGCAGGAGGACGGUAUCUCCGCUGGGCCAAGGGCCUUAGUGCAUAGAAAUGUAUAUGCAUGAUGUCGAACUAUGUAUGCAAAGCACUUAUAAUCACGAGUACUGUACGGGGACUUGGGGUGAAAGAGCUGGCGGUUGUGGUUGUGCUGCCCGUCGUGGCUGGCGGGCGCGGGCAGGGAUUUGGUGUGUCUGUUCUGAGGGCUUGAGGGCAGCGGAGGUGGCCCUGAAAGAGCUUUAAAAGCCGGACCUGGGCUUUGAGAAUUGAGGUCGUGGUGGCAUUUUCUUGACUGGGUUAUCCUGUCUGCCUGGCUUGAAGAAAGCAUUAAUUGUCCUCUUGAUUUGCCGGAGAGGCUCUUUCCCUUCUGGAGGCUGCGUCCUCAGGACAGGCUGGUGGAUGCUGUAGGUUUUGCUGCUUCUGUUUUGUGUUGCGACUCGCAGUUCUGCGGGGUGCUGUGUGCUCCUGCUCUGCCUGCAUCCUGCCCUCGACAUGCCAUCGGCGUUGGGGACGGCGCCGUCCCUCCUCCUCCCCAGCUCAGCUUUGCUCCUCACCUCGCUCCGGGCCUCUCCACGGAUCCUUUUGGAUCUGGGAUUGCUGGAGCAAACGUCCCCUCCCUGUUGCUUGUGGCAGCUCUGCUGUGCUCGACUGUACAGACCCCCUUCCCUGCCCUGCAUGCCUCCUCCAGGCCCUGGGCCGUGUUGGUUUUUGGUUCUGGUUUGUCAGUGUUUGGGUGCUCUGGGUGCUGAACUGCCACGAAAGGGGCAGGCGAUGGGUCGGGAGCCACGGAGAGGCUGCAUUUGACUUUGGGGAUCACUUGAGAAAAGCUGUCAGGGAUAAUUAAGGGAAUAGUUCGGGCUUGGACACGUGGGGUGAGAGCACGUGGCAGUGGGGCAGAGAGGCCCAGGGCAGAGACCUCCCAGGGUUUGUGGGGUGACGGUCACACCAACACCCCAAACCUUUCUGCCAGGCUCCCACGCUGGUCACGGCAGCAUGUUUUCAGCCUGGGGACUCUGCCCUGGUCCUGUGCUCGGCCCUGCACUCACCCCACAGAGUCCAUGUCCCCCCCUCACCACCCCACCAGUGUGAGCUCGGGGCUGGUCCUGCCCUGGGGGGGGGGAAUUGCUCCUGGCUCGCUCCCACCGAGCAUCGGGGAGAGUCUCGGCUUCAAGCCAUCACCUGUUGACACUUCGCUUGGUGCUCACCCCAGCUCCUGGCCGGGGAAAUUCCAGCUUCUCUUGACAGCAGGGUUUUUUUUAAUCCUUUUGGCUAAAUUUCUGCUGUUCUCCCCACGCUGUCCCUUCCUGCAACCCACUCAGAGCUUCUUCCUCCGCAGGAGCGUGGGCAGCUCAGCAUGAGCGCGGCGGGGGGGUCACGGUCACCCCUCUGCCUCUUCCAGCACUGCCCGUUCCUGCCCGUUCCUGCCUGCCAGCACCCAGCACCGCGGCCCAGCCCCAGCGGGGCUCUGCUGGAGGGUCCCGUGGACAACGAGGAGGAAAAUGCCCUUCCCCAGCACUGCCUUUUCCUGACGGUGCUUGUCUUGGCUCCCUGAAACGCAGCUUUUCCUCCAUCUCCCCCAGAGGUGGAAAACCCAAG